UCCAUCCUAGAUUGCAUCAGGUUCUGGGCCUCUUUUGUUCUCCAAUCCAUGGAACGUGCAAAGAACACGAAUGAGAAGGUGGAGGUGGUGCACGAGGCCCUUCAUCAACUCCUGGAGGAGCGGAAGCGACGCCGCAAGGAGGAGGAAGAGGAAGACCUACUCCUCUCCAACUUGCUCCUUCAGUUGGAAUCCUUAGAGAAGGAUGGCAUCGCUACGGAAGGGACGAAGGAAUCAGCUAUCGAAGAAGAGCCUGAAUUCUCCAAGCCUGUCAGCCAAAACUGUGAAAAAAGGGAGGUUGGCAUGGAUGAAGAAAUAGCAAGGGAGCUUAGUAAAGUAAAGAAGCAGAAUCUCAUUACCCAUUGCCUUCUAUCUGUCAUGCUCGUCAUUACUGCGGUAUGGCAAUUCAACGAGGUCUCCCUUCUGCUCGCGGUCAGGGAUAAACUGAGCCACCCCCUCCGAACCGUCGGGGAUGUGGUCAAGCGGUGUCUGAAAGGAAAUGGCAAGAGGCCGCAGAUUGAAGCACUUCCUUUGCCACCGAUUGCUGUGCCAGAGCUGUCUAAUGCGGAUUUGCUGCCCUUGACUCUGAGAAGCGAGGAAUGAAUCUUGUGGGAACAUUAUCACCGUUGAUGCAUGUAAGCGUUCUCUUCGUCGCAUGAUACUUAGCCACCAAUUGCCGUGCCAGAGCUACCAAAUGUGAAUUUCCCAUCCUUGACUCUUGGCAGCGAUGAAUCAAUCAUGUGAGAGAAUGAUCAGUAUUGAUGCAUCCAAGUGUUCUCUUCGUCGUAUUGAAUGCGACAUUUCAGUUUCCUUGUGGAUCUUGUGCCAUUAUCCAUUUGAAACCUUGCAUUGGACAAUUUCAGUUUCCUUGUGGAUCUUGUGCCAUUAUCCAUUUGAAACCUUGCAUUGGACAUUUCAGUUUCCUUGUGGAUCUUGUGCCAUUAUCCAUCCGAAACCUAAGUAUUAUCUCAAAUUGUGUCCAAUUUAAAUGUGUAAAGGACAUACUUAGCAAUCCAAG